UUUCAGAAUAUGGAAAUGGAGGAGCCCAUAAGUUGUCUAACGUCUCCCGAGCAGCGGUUAAUUGAGGAACGAUUCUACAUAAAUGGCGUGUUCGGUACAGUAAUUGCAGUUUUCGGGGUCAUCGCCAACGGAUUCCUAGCCACCCUAUUUUUAACCCGAACAAUUUAUAGGAAUUCUCCGUUCUUUUUUCUCGGUUUUGUUGCCCUUUUCGACACACUGGUGGAUGCCACCUUUUUAUUACUUUUGCCUCUAGAAGUCAGCUCGGUGUACUACGAAGAAAGUGUGGCCUAUCAAAUUUGGCUGAAAUACGUCAGACAUGUGUAUUUAUUCGCGCAAAUUGUGAAGAUCUCCUCUGUGUUUUCAUUGAUCAUGGCGAGUAUUGAGAGAUACUGCAUGACGAAGCAUUGGACAUUUGUUGGCUUUGAGAUGAGAACCCGUUGGCUCGUGCUCUUUUCACUUGUCUGUGCAGCUGUAUUUAUAAAAUAUAUGUCAGAAGAAGCUGUAGUUGUCACUCGAGAAAACUGUUUCGGCUUCCGGAGAUGGGCGGUGCGAAUUCAACGCGGAGAGCUCGGCCAUAUGGGGUGGCUCCACUCACUAGCGAUUUUUCUCCCAUUCUUCACACUAAUCUUUCUUAAUGGAGGAAUUGUUCGAAUGCUCCGGAAACAGAAUGUUCAACAGCUCCGGAGCCUGAUUGCAGAGCUCACUUUGGGACACGACCUGUCGAAAAUUCGGAAAAAGAACUUGAGAAGUGCAACGAGGACCCUGAUUGUUAUCAUCUCGGCGUAUUUGAUUUCGAACUUGCUCAGCUUGAUUUUGAUCAUUGUAGAGUACUUUAAUCCGGAUUACCUCCACGUCUACCAUCCUGACUUAAACCGCCUGGCAACCGACUCUGCAGCUCUUCUGACAGUAGUCGGAAAUGCGAUUCGAUGCCCCGCUCAUAUUUUCAGCAAUUCUGAAAUUCGAACACAAUUUCGAAUAAUGUUAUGUGGCGAGAGAGAGAAAAAGGUAGUGAAAAAGCUCUCGGAACGCCGCCGAACACAGGAGAAGCUCGACAAUCCGUGGAUGGCUCUGAUGUGGGUUUCAGCCAAUAAUCAGGCGUCUGAUGAUGAUAAAGCCGCAUUUAUGCCACGUGCAUUCAUGAAACGACACUCGGCAAUCGCUAUUGUAUAAUUUUCACGAAAAAACAAUAUUUUUUUCGAAUUUUUCCAAUUUUUUUUUUGUAUUUUAUGAUCUCUCUCUACAAACUCUUGACAUCGGGCGAUUUGUAAAUUUACGUGUAUUUUGAAUUUAAUUUGUAUUAUUUGAAACUGUCAAUAAAUUAUUUUCAGUUAA